UUUCUUGUAAAAUUCGAUCCAAUGCAGAAAAUUUUCCAUUAUGAUGUUGAGAUUUCUCCUCGCCCGUCCAAGGAAGUUGCUCGAAUGAUCAAAAGGAAGCUAAUUCUGGAAAAUUCGGAGGUCUUUGCAGGCGCCCAUCCUGUCUUUGAUGGAAGGAAGAAUCUAUACAGCUCCAUUGGGUUCCAAGAUGAUAGGAUUGAGUUGUUUGUUAAUCUUCCAAUAACCACACCUCAAUCUUUCAGCAAUGCGAGACUAAAUUCAAAGCUUUUUAAAGUAAUCAUCAGAUUAGUUUCAAAAGUAAGUGGGGAAGAGUUGAGAAAGUUUUUGAAAGAUGAGGAAGAGGAUGGAGUUCCCCUUCCUCAAGACUACCUCCAUGCUUUGGAUGUCGUGCUCCGCAAAAGUCCAAUGGAGAAUUUUAUCUCAGUAGGAAGAUCUUUCUUUUCUACCUCCAUGGGAGGUGUUGAAGACAUUGGUGGGGGAGCUUUGGGGCU